CGUAAAACGAAGAAGUGGCUGGUGACGUUCCUGUGCGUCAUGACGUAGAUCCUUACGUACGCUCACAUCACAUAACCAACCCCAUGCGUGAGCUACACUGAUCGUUGACAUUGGAACAGAACGUGCUUAAAAGUACUAUAGCAGGAUGGGGGCCUUGACUUCAACACCUGCAACUUCUACAGUUCAAGCAGAGGCAAUGAUUGCCACCCCUCCUCAAGGCUGUCCUAUGCACAAAGAAAAUCAGCCUGUUAAAGUUGUAUCUCCCCCAUCAGAGUGUCCCAUGCAUAAAACUCAGCCAGUUGCAGGUAGGGACAGGUCAAUAGGUCAAGUUGCAGCUUACUAUCUGCAUUGUGACAUCACAUCAUAUCCUGUUGCAGCGUCUCCACCUCCGGAAUGUCCGAUGCACAAAGCUGAAGCCGCCCCAGAUCACCAGGCUCGGGCCUAUGAAUUUGUGGAAUGUCCCAUGAAAGCUGCAGAAGGCUCGAAUAAUGACAUCGACCCUACAAAUAUGAUGCCUCCUCCUAACCAAACACCCGCUCCAGACCAACCCUUCGAGUUAUCCCUCAAGAGAGAAGAAUCUAAAAUUCCUCGCCAUGGCAGCGAAAAGCACUGGGUGUACCCAUCUGAACAGAUGUUCUGGAAUGCCAUGCUGAGGAAGGGGUGGCGCUGGCGUGAAGAUGACCUUGCUGCUGGCGACAUGAGCAACAUCAUCAAAAUCCACAACAAGAACAAUGAACAAGCCUGGCAUGAGAUCCUGAAGUGGGAGGCCCUGCAUGCAGGAGAAUGUCCAUGUGGUCCAUCCUUGAAGAGGUUUGGAGGGAAAGCCAAAGAGUACUCGCCAAGGGCUCGUUUCCGUCAUUGGAUGGGCUACGAGCUGCCCUUUGACCGUCACGACUGGAUCGUUGACCGCUGUGGAAAGGAGGUCCGCUACGUCAUCGACUAUUACGAUGGAGAAAUCGACAAAGAAACGUACCAGUUCUCCAUCCUGGAUGUACGCCCGGCUUUUGACUCUUUAGGUGCCGUAUGGGAUCGCAUGAAAGUGGCCUGGUGGCGAUGGACCUCCUGAAGAACUCUUGCAUGAACUUCAAGGUGCUCACUUUAGCUCUUUGCAAUUUUUGUGUUGCUGUGUGACCUAAUCACGGCUUGUAAGAAAUUGGUCUUCCGUUAAUUGUAUGACUAAGACUUGCUUUGAAGUUCACUGUUUUUUUGUUUUUUUUUUAAAACAGGAUAAGUUAUUACUGCUCAAGUUUUUAUUUGUACAAAUUACCUUGAAAUAUCACAAAAACUGCAUUGUACCUAGUGUUCUGUAAUAACUAAAACAAAGUAGUUAAUUGUUAAAGUAAUUCUCAUGUAAAUGUUUGGAGACCACUGCUUUCCAUAUUAUAUCAAUAUACUGUAUUACUGUAACUAAUAAAGAUUUCCUUCAACCUA